CGCUACGCCGGCCCCGAGCCUCCCGCUCGCUCCCCCGGGCCGCGGUGCAUGUUCGCCUCUUGCCACUGUGUGCCGAGAGGCAGGAGGACCAUGAAAAUGAUCCACUUUCGGAGCUCCAGCGUCAAAUCGCUCAGCCAGGAGAUGAAAUGCACCAUCCGGCUGCUGGACGAUUCGGAGAUCUCCUGCCACAUCCAGAGGGAGACCAAAGGGCAGUUUCUUAUUGACCACAUCUGCAACUACUACAGCUUGCUGGAGAAGGACUAUUUUGGCAUUCGUUAUGUGGACCCAGAGAAGCAGCGGCACUGGCUUGAACCUAACAAGUCCAUCUCCAAGCAAAUGAAAUCUCAUCCACCAUACACCAUGUGCUUUAGAGUGAAAUUCUACCCACACGAACCCUUGAAGAUUAAAGAAGAGCUCACAAGGUAUCUUUUGUACCUGCAGAUUAAAAGAGAUAUUUUCCAUGGUCGACUGCUCUGCUCCUUUUCAGAUGCUGCCUACCUGGGUGCCUGUAUCGUUCAAGCUGAGCUCGGCGAUUUUGAUCCCGAUGAGCAUCCUGAGAAUUACAUCAGUGAGUUUGAGAUUUUCCCCAAGCAGUCACAGAAGCUGGAAAGAAAAAUAGUGGACAUCCACAAAAAUGAACUCAGAGGUCAGAGCCCACCAGUUGCUGAAUUUAACUUACUCCUGAAAGCUCACACUUUGGAAACCUAUGGGGUGGACCCCCACCCAUGCAAGGAUUCAACGGGUACAACAACAUUUUUAGGAUUCACUGCUGCGGGCUUUGUGGUAUUCCAGGGAAAUAAGCGGAUCCAUUUGAUAAAAUGGCCAGAUGUCUGCAAAUUGAAGUUUGAAGGGAAGACGUUUUAUGUGAUUGGCAUCCAGAAGGAGAAAAAAGCCAUGUUGGCCUUCCAUACUUCGACACCAGCUGCCUGCAAACAUCUUUGGAAGUGUGGGGUGGAGAACCAAGCCUUUUAUAAGUAUGCGAAAUCCAGUCAGAUCAAGACCGUGUCAAGCAGCAAGAUAUUUUUUAAAGGAAGUAGAUUUCGAUAUAGUGGUAAAGUUGCCAAAGAGGUGGUGGAGGCCAGCUCCAAGAUCCAGAGGGAGCCUCCGGAGGUACACAGAACGAGUAUGACUCAGAGCCGCAGUUCCUACUCCUUGAACAAACAGCUCAUCAUUAACAUGGAGCCCCUGAAGCCCCUGCUGCCUUCCCCCAAUGAGCAAGAAGAGGAACUUCCAUUGGGUGAGGGUGUUCCAUUACCCAAAGAAGAUGUUUCUGCCCCUCUGAUCUCUAGCUCGCCAGUGAAGGAAGCCCGGGAGUAUGAAAACCCCCCAAAUGAAGAGGAAGAUAAAAUCAAAGAAGAGCCCCUGACCAUCUCGGAACUGGCGUACAGCCCAAGUGCCAGCCUGCUCCCCACCCCCGUGGAUGAUGAUGAGAUUGACAUGCUCUUUGACUGUCCUUCGAGGCUAGAGUUGGAAAGAGAAGACACGGAUUCCUUUGAGGAACUGGAAGCGGACGAACAUGCCUUUUUGAUGGCCGAAGAGGAAGAGCUGAAGGAAGCUCGCCAAGCUUUGUCGUGGAGCUAUGACAUUCUGAGAGGCCAUAUUCGGGUGAACCCACUGGUCAAGAGUUUUUCCAGGCUCCUGGUGGUGGGCCUGGGGCUGCUGCUCUUUGUAUUCCCCCUGCUCCUCCUCCUUUUGGAGUCAGGUAUUGAUCUCUCCUUCUUAUGUGAAAUCCGCCAGACGCCAGAGUUUGAGCAGUUUCACUAUGAAUACUACUGCCCUUUAAAGGAGUGGGUGGCUGGCAAAGUCAACCUCAUUCUCUACAUGCUGGGCUGCUCGUAAAGUUCGUAUCUCCUAUGACUAAGGGCUAUAUUCAAUACUAGUGAUUUUGCUUUUUUUGUUUUUGUUUCUGUCUUUUUCUGCAAAUGCCUGGUUCUGCAUGGUCAUGGGGCCAUGAACAGGUGUUCCUCACUCAUAACGGAUUAUUGAAAACUUUCAGUUAGCUUUCCAUAAUUCACUGCAGUUAAAUAAGUUCAAGUCAAAUACAGUUGUUUUAGUUAUAGGUCAGGAAGAUCGCCUUUAAGUAACCAAAAACAUGUUUAUUUUUUAUUAUACUACAGACAUACUCUUUAUUAUAUCAUAAUACAUAAUACAUUGAGCUGAAUUAGAUUUCCCCCUUUUUUAAUAGUUAGCACCAUUGUAAGGUUCUGGAUCAGAAUUUUAAUAACAACCCAAGAGAAAGUUUUUGAAUAUAAUCCUUAGUGAAAACAACGUCCUCUAACCGAUGCCUAUACAACUAAAUUUAUGCUGGGCUUUUGUUUUCUGUUUUUUUAAAAAUAUUUUUAUGUGUUCAAAAUAUUUUGGUAAAUUUUUAGCAAAAAAAGAAGCCUCCUGGAGUUAUUUAAGUGUACAGAUUGUUUAAGACUAAUGCACAAAGGGUAUGUCAGGAAUUUUUUAACGUUUUGGCACUGGUUUGUUUUUUACAAUAUUUUUGGCUGAACCAAUUGCAUAAUUUGUUGUUACCUGCGUAUGAGGUAGGCAGACACUGUAGUAAGUAAGCUCUUGAAAUGGAUGAUGGAACUGGAGGAUGUAGAAACUGGGAAGACUCAAGUGGACACAGGGCGGUCCAUUUUUUCAAAGUAUUUGGACAAGAUGAUUUACUCCCUUCAUUUGCAUUCCAUCCAUAUAUUUUGGUUGGGAAAGAAUGUUUUUUAAAGGGAAAACAGUUAAAAGUUAUGCUAGGUAAUUGCAUAUUAUUGUAUAUUAACCCAAGAGUAGAUACAGAUAGGAACUGGGCAAGUAGCAAAAUGGGAGUUUGGUGAGGCUGCUGCUGCGCAGGGGUGGUAGGCAAACCAUCUUUUACCAAAGUGGUGGUGAUGCAUGGGUAUUGGAUGAUGUAAAGAAUGUGCACUUGCUGUCCAAGUUGGUGGGUAUAUGUUUAAGUGGAUCUAAGUCAAAGAGGAGAAACUGUAAGGCAUAUUUUUCAGGUCCCUCAUGCCUUUUACUAAUUCAAUGGGAAAAAUUUCAAAAGAAGUGUGUGUAAGAGAGAAAGAGGGAGAGAAGAUAUGGAAAGAAUGAAGUGUGGCUUUUUGAUAAAUGCUGGUGAUCUUCCUUUUUGGUGGCUGUUACCCUCUUUUCCUUCCCUGGUUUUCUUAAGAUCUUAACUCAUUCCUAAUUGGGGCUUCCAUUAAGAAAGUAGAAGGGAGGGACGCCUGGGUGGCGCAGUUGGUUGGACGACUGCCUUCGGCUCAGGGCGUGAUCCUGGAGUCCCGGGA